AUGUCUGGCCGUGGAAAGGGUGGCAAGGGUCUCGGAAAGGGUGGUGCUAAGCGUCACCGGAAGAUUCUCCGCGAUAACAUCCAAGGUAUCACGAAGCCUGCCAUUCGUCGUCUUGCGCGGCGAGGUGGUGUCAAGCGUAUCUCGGGGCUUAUUUACGAGGAGACGCGAGGAGUGCUCAAGAUUUUCCUGGAGAACGUGAUUCGGGACUCUGUGACAUACACGGAGCACGCAAAGCGGAAGACGGUGACUGCGCUGGAUGUUGUGUACGCGCUGAAGCGAUCGGGGCGCACGUUGUAUGGGUUUGGGGCGUAG